CGGGACUGGGCCACGGCCCAACUGCCUCAGGGGAAGACGAGGCCCGGAAGCCCCGUGGCCGGUGGGGGCCGGGAGAGGGCUCCUGGGAGCCCCCAGGCCUGGGCCAGCCGUCGUCCGCAGCCGCGAGCUACCGCCAAAGCAUCGUGCAGACUCCUCCUUCGCCCUGGAAAGGCGGGGCCUCCGCCUUUCCCGAGAGCGGGUGUCGCCGCCCCCUCUGCCUCCUCGUAGGCCUUGCGCCAUUUCUGCUACUACAGGCCGAAAGGGGGUACGGAGCCGGUCCCGGGGCGGGAUGCGGCCGCCCCUGGGGCGGUGGUGGCUGCUAAUCUGGCUGCAGCCCAUGUCCGCACUGCCAGCUGGCGCGGUGCGCGGAGAGGAGGAGGCGGCGGCGGCGUUGUCAGUUACAAGGUGUAAAGCUCUGAAGGAAAUGGAUUUAAUUAAAACUUCUCAGUCAGACUGUUACUGCUACAGUCAAAAUUCCCAAAUGGAGUGGAAAUACAUGUGGUCAACUCUGCAGGUGAAAAUUACCAGUUCAGACCUGCUCAAUAUUGCAUAUAUCACAGGAAGACAUAAUUGUCAGUAUCCAGAAACCAUUUUAUCUUUUAUCAGAUGUGUGAUUCAUAAUUUUUGGACACCAAAGGAGUCUAAUGAAAUAACCAUAAUCAUCAAUCCAUAUGGAGAGACCAUGUGCUUCUCUGUGAAGCCUGUCAGGAAGAUAUUUAUCUAUACAAUUAGUGUGAAUCGAAACAUUGUGGAUUUCAAACUCUUCCUUGUAUUUGUAGCAGGUGUUUUGCUCUUCUUUUAUGCAAAGACCUUGAGUCAAAGUCCUAUUUUCUUUUACUCUUCUGGGACCGUGCUAGGAGUUCUAAUGACAUUAGUCUUUCUCCUGCUUCUGGUGAAAAGGUUUAUUCCUAAGUAUAGCACGUUUUGGGCUCUAAUGGUUGGUUGUUGGUUUGCUUCAGUUUACGUUGUGUGUCAGUUGAUGGAGGAUCUGAAGUGGCUCUGGCAUGAAAACAGAAUGUAUAUAUUAGGCUAUGUCUUGGUCGCUGGAUAUCUCAGCUUCGCUGUUUGUUACAAGCACGGGCCCCUUGUUGACGAAAGGAGCGUGACUCUCCUAAGGUGGACGCUGCAGCUCCUCGCCCUGGUUCUGAUCUAUUGUGGGGUCACCGCGCCCCAGGGCUCCUGUGCAGCUCUGAUCCUCAUCCUGGCCUCCAGGAGUCUACGCUACCCACUGAAGGCUUUCACUUCUCUGAGGUGGAAAAUGAAGAAAUGGUGGACCUCCAAGAAGCCAGUGGUGAAGUACCUUACUGACGAUGAGUACCGGGAACAGGCCGAUACCGAGACCAGCAGUGCCCUGGAGGAGCUGCGUGGGGCUUGCCGCAGGCCCGACUUCCCUGCGUGGCUGGUCGUCUCCAGACUGCAGGCUCCUAACAAAUUUGCAGACUUUGUUCUUGGAGGAAGCCACUUGUCACCCGAAGAAAUCCGUCUGCAUGAAGAGCAGUACGGUUUUGGGGGUGCCUUCUUGGAAGAACAGCUUUUUAACCUGAGGACUGCCUGAUGACCACCUGUGCGCUGACUUCAUCCUGGACAAGAAGUGGGUUAAGGGCAAGGAUCCCAUUCACAUUGGGCAGAACUAUUCUAGGGAACAGUGGCAAAAACAUUUGCUUGUGGAGAAGAGUCCUACUGGAAAAGAAAACUGGUAACUUCUCAUUCUUGGUGACUUCUACUUAUUGUAGUCAUCAAGAUUCUGUGAGCUUCCUUACCACUUGUUUGAAUGAAGACUUUCAUUGGGAACAAGAGAAUCAUGUUGAUCUUCAAAGAGCACGUUAACAUGAGCAUCUGCCUUGUCAACACCAGGGUAUUAAAUCUCUUAACCUCAGAACCUGUGUCUGAAGACUGCAUUGCUCUUCCCGCACGGGAUCAGUAUCAGUGCUGGAAGAGACCUGAGUGAGAGGUGCUGGACCAGUGUUUUCCAAAGCGUAGCCCACAAGGUGCUAAGUGCUGGUCAGUAAAGGGAUUCUGAGGUCAACCAAGAUAGAAACAAAAUUAAAUGUACUGUAAGACUUCUCAGAGCCUUUAAUACUGCCAGUGCACAUGAUGAGUCUCCUAGAGAGAAAUUGUGUGUAGCCAUUUCUGCCUUAAUUUGGCCACAGAACUUUUUUUCAUGAGAUUAAUAUUCCUUGGAGCAGUUUGGGAAAUGCUAACGAUGGCAGAAUUGAGGUUUGGAAAGGUUAAAAAACUCAUCCAAAACUGCAAAGCUAUUUAGAGGCAGCACUGGGACUAGACCUCAGCGCUAAUGUUUCCUACAACUCAGGGUUAAGAGAAGACCUUCAAAGGUGAGCCUAGGGGCCAUCUCCCCACUCCUUGGAUCACACAAUAUUGGUGAGAUUUUAAAUUUUUUUUAAAUAAUGAACAACUAUCUAUUUGAUAACUAUGAUAAACAUUUCUUAAGAUUGUAUUUUAAAGCUUGAUAAGAUUUUUAUAGACAUAUAUAAAUUUUAGGAAGAAUUCUUUUCUUUCUAAAAGGUGAGCCUAGGGGCCAUCUCCCUAUGCCUUGGAUCACACAAUAUUGGUGAUUUUUUUAUUUUUUAUUUUUUAAUAAUGGACAACUAUCUAUUUGAUAACUAUGAUAAACAUUUCUUAAGAUUGUAUUUUAAAGCUUGAUAAGAUUUUUAUAGACAUAUAAAUUUUAGAAAAUUAUUUUCUAUAAUUUUUUGUAUAUUGAAAUUGAAGACACUUAAUGUCUUGUGACAUUUUGAGUUGACUGGUCCAUUUUUAUUUUUAUUUAUUUAUUUAUUUUUGCAAAAGCAAAAGGCUUUAUUAGUAUGGGCAUAGGCUCGAGUUGACUGGUCCAUUUUUAAAGAUUUAGUUCUAUAUAUUUGUAACAGUUUCCUACAAAACAGAUUUGUGAUGUUUCUUCAGAGAACAAAUAUUGUUUUCUUGAUUCUCCAGAGUGAAAUGACCCUAAGGUUUGACCCUGGGGAAAGAAGGCCAAAACAAGAGGUGAGAAAACAUGUGAACAUGGCAAAACGAUCUAAGGAUUAAGAUGUGCUAAACUGAUUCACUUUAAGAAGUUUCUGCUGUGAUGGGUUCUUAAAGAGGCAUACAGAAAGACGAAUCUCUUUAGUAGACGGGAUACAGAUAUGGAGGAGGGACAUACAGAAAUGUAGGAGCUGCUUUCCUGAGCCAAGUUCAUUAGAACGAUUCUAAAUUGUCAAAACGAGAACAUGGCUACCCGUUUGGAACUUUCUAGGUUGAUUUUUAAAUAAUAUUUCCUCUUUGAAGCAGUAUGUCAGUAUUUUACAAGUUCUUCCUAUGGCAAGACACCACAAUAUUAAGAGCUUUACAGUAUUUGUGAAAUGCACUAAAUUCAAUCUGUGCUUUCACAUAGUUGAUUUCAAAUACCAAAGCAUCUUCCAUUCAAAUUUAUGAUUUAUUACGAUUGUUUUAGAAGUGGAAACAGUUCUGACAUUUUUGUUGUAGUUUUAUCUGAAUUUUUUAUAAUUAGAUUAUAUGUUAUAAAUGUAUCAGAUGUAUCCGUGCUGUGCUCACCAUGUUCACCUCUCAGGAGGCAGUUUGUGACAGAAUGUGUGUCUGAAUAACAUGAACAGGCAGCUGCAGUCCCCAGGGGCCAUCCCAGCCAAGACAGCACUGGCCUUACCUAGGCCGUGUGGAAGAGGGGCUGGCCAAAGACAGAAGCCCUAGGGGCUCAAGUGGGUGUGACCAUCACAAUAAAACCAGCUAAAGAAAGGAAGAGAACAAGAGACUUCCGGGAUGCUGUUUUUCAUGUUUAUUUUAGAGGAAAUCAUGGAUUUGUCUGUUUCUGUUAUGUGAGUACUGUGAAAAGUGAAACAAUUACAAGCAUUAGUUGUGAUA